AUGCAUAUUCCCGCAAUUAAUGCUGGCGACACUCUCAUUCCACUUUGGUGCGGGACAUUUAGAGCUGACCCUGAUAACAACAAAUCUAUGUGGCCUUUGGCUGUGUUGAUGAAGGAGACAUGGAAAAAGAAUGGCUCAACCAUUGGUGAUGCAACUCCGUUCCUACCUGGUUCGUUUGAUCGCCCACCACAUAAUCCUGCCGAGAAAAUAAACAGCGGGUUCAAAGCUUGGGAAUGGCUGCUGUAUCUUUACAGAAUGGGACUAGCUGCUCUCUUUGGCGUUCUUCCAGAUCCAUAUUGGACAAAUCUUUGUCACCUCGUCAGUGGGAUGUGCCUUAUGCAACAAUAUCACAUCACUCGCACCGAUCUCAUGAAGGCACAUGAACACCUUCUAACAUUUGCGCAUGACUUCGAAACCAUUUAUUAUCAGCGCCAUAUUGACCGCCUCCAUUUUGUCCGUCCAUGGAUACACUCGACCACACAUAUUCCCUCCGAAACAAUCACAAAGGGGCCUCCAAUUUGCUCGUCUCAGUGGACGAUGGAAUGUACCAUUGGCAAUCUCGCUCAGGAGAUUUGUCUCCAUAACAGUUCCAUUUAUGCUAAUCUCUCCCGUCGAGCUGCCCAUCAUUGCCAGAUCAACGCGAUUAAAGCCAUCAUACUGACAAUUGAACCCGAACAGAACAGCCUGCCAGGGGUCACAAGACCUCGGAAAUGGCUACAUCUUGCUAUGUCGAAGAGAACAGAAUGCCCACCCUCUCCAUCUGUAACACGAUGGGCUCGCCUUCGUCUUCCCAAUGGUCAAGUGGCUCGUUCGGCUUGGAAAGAGAAUGCCAUGUCGCGGCAACCUCAUAUAGCACGCAACGUCAAGCUAUCAAUUGAUGGAGAGAUGAGCAUCGCUGAAGUGUUGUUCUACUUCAAUAUGACAAUCCAUGACGAAACAAAGACCUUCGCACUUGUUCCACAAUUUAGCCCCCCACAUGCUGAACUCUUGCGCUGCUCAUUUCAAACUGUCGUUGCAUGUCACUAUUGUGGUGACACCUCAUUGAAACUCAUUGAAGUUUCCACUAUUCAGUCUGUUGUAGCAAUGGUCCUGCAUCGUUUUCCUGUCAUCGAUGACACCCUUUUCUACCUCAUCGAACGGCCAGGGUUGGACAUUAUUCAGAUGGGGGGCAGUGAGGACACAGACGAGCAAGGAAAUCCUGUCUCUGCUCAGCAUGCCAAGGCAAUUCGACAGCUUAUGCUAUCAAGCUUUCGUCAACUCGAGACACAAGGUCUCGCACCUGAAUCAAUCGGUCAAGCCUUGUUGCAAGUUUUACAUUGGCUCACUCACACGCUAUGCAAACAAUUCCUCGAACUUCGUUUAUGUGCUGACAACUGGAAAUCCAUGAAAUUGAUGAUAGACAACUACUCUCAGUGGUAUAACUACCAUGUCAAGAGGAGAGGUACGAAACGCAUCAAGUCCGAAGAUAUCCCUCUUGCUGGCGACGAGCUGUGUGAGAGUUCUGUUGACACCUUACUACCUUCCAUCUCUACGUCGGAUCCCUUGUCUUCCAGCGACUACCUUGAUCCGAUGAUUGACCCGGCACUUCAAGAACCACCAACUAAGAAACAGAGACUCGAGGAUGCCGAGAACACCACCAGUGAAGUGCUCCCACAACUAGAGAUCCCAUUACUGCCUGCCGAAAUUGAUGAACCUGCUCUACCGUCCCUGUCCUUAGCAAACGAGAAGCAAACGGGGACUCUUAAUGUGGAGGUCAAGAAUCCACUGGCAGGAUUUGUAUUCAAACCCGCAACCACAACAUCCUCUGCACCUACUCCCUUCUUGUCCAGGCCUUCCAGGAUGCCGCCGUCAGUGGCUGAUGUGGCUUCACUUGCUGUCAAGAUGGAGUUAGUGGCCACAGAGAACACCAUCACGAAGACCGCAAAUAUGAUUUCAAACACACAGCCUGUCAAGAAAUUGGCAAAAAACGGUCACCAGCAAGAGCCGGCGAGUGCGUUUGCACUCUACUGGGACGACCUAUCCACGAGCAUGAAGGAGGAGUACAAAAGCAAGGCACUUGCACAAGCUCGUUCUUCUUCAACACAGCAGGCCGUUGACAGGGAGGAUGCGAUCAACAUUGAUGAGUAG